AGCGCGCCAUGAAUCACGGCAAGCGGCCAAGUUCUGAGUCGGGAGAGCCCUCCGGACCAAAACGGGACGUGUUGCGUCAGCGGGAACGGAGGGGAAUCCCCUCCCGGACGAGACACUCCCCGGCCUCGCAGCGGCUCACGAGCGCCCCCGCGCGGCAGCAGGGCGGUCCUGGCGGCCUCCUCCGCGUCAGAGAGGCCUCGGAGACGUUUGGCGCCCAGCCGCGCGCUCGGAGGCUUCCUGUCCCCGCCUUGUUGCCGUAGCCGGGCUUUACCCGCCGCCGCUCCUGCUGCUCCUUGGUCCUCGGUGUGUGCCGCGCGGAUCGAGCGACGCUCCCGGAGUCAUGGCGGCGGCGGCCUCCGUGUCCCCUCGCCCAGGCGCUGACCGACGGCGCCACUGGCGGAGCGCGGAAGCGGGCCGAGGGAGGCUGGAGGACGACGGCGUCCAGACCCUCACUUCGGUCGAGCAGACAAAGGUAGAGAGCAUAGUCCAAGAUGUCUUCAACGCUUACAAGACAAACCAUCAUGAUUCACAGUUUGUUUUGCAGCGGGAAAAGCACUUCCACUAUUUGAAGAGAGGGCUGAGGCAGCUGACAGAUGCUUAUGAGUGUCUGGAUGCCAGCCGGCCGUGGCUAUGCUAUUGGAUCCUGCACGGUUUGGAACUCCUGGAGGAACCCAUCCCGGACUCUGUAGCUUCAGACGUGUGCCAAUUUCUGAGUCGUUGCCAGAGCCCAGGAGGAGGCUUUGGAGGGGGACCGGGCCAGCACCCGCAUCUUGCGCCAACGUACGCAGCCGUCAAUGCUCUCUGCAUCAUUGGCACGGAAGAGGCAUACAGUGUUAUUAACAGGGAGAAGCUUCUGGAGUAUCUGUCUUCCCUGAAGCAGCCUGACGGCUCCUUCAUCAUGCACAUAGGAGGGGAAGUGGAUGUCCGGAGUGCCUAUUGUGCUGCAUCGGUGGCUUCUCUUACCAACAUUAUCACACCAACACUUUUUGAUGGGACAGCAGAAUGGAUAGCAAGGUGUCAGAACUGGGAAGGUGGGAUUGGAGGAGUCCCUGGCAUGGAGGCCCAUGGUGGAUACACUUUCUGUGGAUUGGCAGCACUGAUCAUCCUGAAAAAGGAAUACAUAUUGAAUCUGAAAAGUUUAUUAGACUGGGUCACAAGCCGCCAGAUGCGCUUUGAAGGAGGCUUCCAGGGCCGCUGUAACAAGCUGGUGGAUGGCUGCUACUCAUUCUGGCAGGCUGGUUUGCUGCCUCUCCUACAUCGAGCACUGCAUGCCAGAGGUGAAACUGCCCUCAGUAUGACACACUGGAUGUUCGACCAGCAAGCGCUGCAGGAAUACAUCCUGCUAUGUUGCCAGUGUCCUGCAGGGGGCCUCUUGGACAAACCUGGAAAGUCACGGGACUUUUACCAUACCUGCUAUUGCCUGAGUGGGCUCUCGAUAGCGCAGCACUUUGGCAGUGGGGACCUCCUCCAUGAAGUCGUGCUUGGAGUGCCAGAGAACCGCCUGCGGCCUACACAUCCUGUAUACAACAUCUCCCCCGACAAAGUGGUGCAAGCUGCGAUGUACUUUCUGAAGAAGGCUGUUCCAAACAGAGAGGAGGCAACUGCUGCCGAUUAGGAGGGGGCGGGGCUGCUGCCCUUGUUGGGUGCUGCAUGGCGCAUCUUUCUCCCAUUCAGCGUCUGGCGCGGCAGAUCGCCUCAGCCAUCCUGGAGCCCAUCCAGAGAGUUAACUUUCUCGAUCUCACAUAACUGGGCUCAACUUUGUGUGUGUGUCUUUUUCGUGAGAGCUCUGCUAGCCAUACCAAAACCAAACAGGGCCAGGUACCUAGUAGAUUGGCUGCUUGGGGGUGGAUGGUUAGAUGUGCUGGUUGCUCACUAGCAGGUGUGGUUUUGGUUUCCAAAAAAGGAGCAUGUUAAUAUUUUUAGCAUCUGUCAAACCAUCCCUGUUGUUGCACUCGCACUCUGUUAAGCAUCUUAGGAGGGCAGCUGCUCUACACUGGCCUGACUGCAGAUGAUGCCCUGAUCCAGAUGCCCUUUAGGCCAUCUGAGUUUUGUCCAUUUUACGCUCCCGGUGGUAUUUCGUGCACUAAGGGCCAGGCGCUGAGACCCCAGCUUAUCAACAGAAGACUAUAUUCCAAGUCAGCAGGUCAGAAAUAAACAAGUUGGACAA